UUCAAAACGAUAUACGGGAGUUAACUAUCUAUUUUCUAAUAUCAUCUGUAGUUAAUCAAUUUAUGUGUUGGUUGUUGGUUGCCAGUUUUUACCAAUUUUUACCAAACUUUUACCAAUAUCAUCGCAUAUUACUUACAUUGGUUGUGCGUCGAUUCAACUGUUAUGGGUUGCGAUGGUGGUACUAUUCCUCGUAGAGACGAGCUCGUUAGAGUAAAAAAAAAACCUGAACAGAAAGACAAGCAAGCAGAGCUAUCUUUCAAAUGGAAACAUUGCACAAUACGACAAUUGCCAUUACAACUACCAAUUAUGGGUUGUAGUUUGGGUCGUUUAUAUAGCAAGGAAUCUGUGUUAGAAGGUCUUUUAGAUCGCAGUACACUUCCAGAAUCUGCUGUACAUAUUAAACAUUUGAAAGAUGUCAGGAAUCUUAAUUUGACACCUAACCCAGCAUUUGAUGGUGAUAAAGCUGAAAAAGGAGAUGGUUAUACAGAUAGAGACAAAAGUCCAUACAUUUGUCCAGUCAUUGGUUUAGAAAUGAAUGGAAAAUAUAAAUUUUGUUUUUUGUGGUCAUGCGGUUGUGUAAUUAGCGAACGUGCUCUCAAAGAAGUGAAGAGUAAGUUAUGUCAUAAAUGUCAACAACCAUUUGAAGAAAUGGACAUUGUCAUAUUAAAUGCAGAAGGUGAUGAUGUGGAACUCAUGAAGAAGCGUGCAAUAGAUAGGAAAGUUAACCAAAAGAAAAAAAGAAAGUUAGGCAAUGAUGAACUAACAAAACAAAAGAAAAUGGACGAAACACUUAAGAAAAAGAUGAAGAAGGAGGACAAAAUAAUACCUAAACUCAAUAAUGAUCAAAGUGAAGCUAAUGAUCCUGCUUACAGAAAAGCUAAAAGUGAUUAUAGCAUUGCAAAAGAUCCUAAAACAUCAGAAGUUUUUAAAAGUAUCUUUACUACUCACAAAUCAGCUGCAGACCAAGAUAGAGCACAUUGGAUUACCUAUAAUCCAUUUUAUAAUUAAUAUCUAUAUUAGUUAUAAAAUGAAUUAUAUAUAUAUAUAUAUAUAUAUAUAUAUACACGAGUUCAAAAUUAUUUUGUUGGAAAUAUUAAUAAGAAAAUGAAAAAACCAUAAAAUCAAAAAUAAAAUAUUUAAUUGUGAUCGUGUAUAAUUUUAGUAAAGGUUAAUAAAAACAAAUGAAGACAA